AUGGUGCAAAGGUGGAAUCUCGUGACGUAUUUAUUCGUGGCGGUUGCCGCUUUGAAGUCGGCGCACUGCUUCUCUCUAAACAGUCGGCGGCCCAUCCGUCGAGGGUGGUCGACUACCGCGAAUGUAGUCGCCCACAAAACCCUACAGUCCACCAGUAGUCCAAUAAGUCCUCGGACGAUUGUCAGUUCCUCACCAUUAACUCUAUUUGCUACCUCAUCGAGCGGCAUCGCUAGUGCUUCUGUUGAUACCACCAUCGUUGACGAAGUCUGCGAUGUACUAGUGUUGGGUUCUGGCCCAGCGGCUCGGGCGAUUGCGAGUUUGCUAUCGGCUCCGCAGCAAGGAGCCAUGAAGGUCAUUCUGGCUGAUCAAAACGUGGAUAAGGUAUGGCCCGCCAACUACGGUGUCUGGCAAGACGAAUGGCAGUCCGUUGUGGACCGCUUCCAAGCCGCGGGUGUUCCGUUCGUGGGGGGCAACGUAGACAACGCCAUCGAUCGAGCCUGGAACGUGACGGACUGUUACUUUGGUGGAUCGUUUGACAUUCCAAUGGAGGAACAAAUGCGAGUCAAUCGACCAUACUACCGCGUCGAUAAAUAUGCUUUGCGCGAUUCGCUGACAGGAAACGAGUACAAGAUUGUGAAAGCAAACCAUAUCAGCAAGGCAAUUGGACCCAAUUUGUACAGUCCGGCUGGGAGUCUAAUGCACGACGAAGACGGAACCACCAUCCAGUUGCGAACGAAAGACGACCAGUUUUUGACUGUACGUUCGAAACUGGUAGUGGACUGUACAGGGCACGAAACGAAAUUGGUGCUUAGGGAAACCCGGCCGGAAAGCCAACCACCCGGCUUCCAGAUUGCGUACGGAUGCUUGGUAGAUGUGGACGAAAGCAACAGUCCCGAUUUGUCACGUUUUGGUCCCUACGACAAGGAAGCCAUGACCUUGUUCGACUACCGAACUGAUCACUUUUUGACUGAGGAGGAGAAAAUCAAAGCCGAUCGUGCGCCCACAUUUAUGUACGCAAUGCCAAUAAAGGAUAACCAAGUCUUUUUCGAAGAAACAUCACUCGUGGCGCGACCCGCCAUGUCGUUCCAGGAAUGCAAAGAUCGUUGUUUCCGGCGCCUCGAAUACCUUGGCAUUAGGGUGACCAAGGUACACGAAGAAGAAUUUUGUUACAUUCCGAUGGGCGGGGCCUUGCCUGCGAAGGACCAACGCGUGCUAGCAAUUGGCGGCUCCGCUGCCAUGGUGCAUCCCAGUACCGGCUAUCAUAUCUGCCGGUGUCUCAUGGGAGCCACCGAUAUGGCAGCGGCUAUUCAAAAGGAAAUGUCAUAUUCUCCUGCGGCUCCUAAUCUAGAUCGCGUUGCAGCUUCGGCAUAUGACGCCCUGUGGUCACCUGAAAAUAUAAUGCAGCGUAAUUUUGCGGUAUUCGGUGGGGAAUUCUUGAUGAAGCAGAAUGUCGUUGGUUUGCGCGGUUUCUUUGACGGUUUUUUUCGCCUACCGACCGAGCUAUGGGGUGGUUUCUUGGCCGGGUGGCCAGGCCUCCCCAAUAACGACAAACACGAAUCUUGGAUCGCGAGAUUGUGGUACGGCAUGAAUUUUAUCGUACGAAUUCCCCCUCUGGUCGCUGUGGACAUGCUGGCGAGCAUUGCGACGUACAUGGUCACGGAAGGCGUUCCUUUGCCGCAAUCUGUGACGCCGUUCUUUGGCAAGCCGGAAUCGUACGAAUACAAACGCAACGUGGACGGUGUCGGGGACGUGGCGGCCAAGAGUGAAGCUCGACGAAUGCUUCUGGAAUCGGAGGUGGAGAAAGACGUUCCGAUUGCCUUUAGUUCCACCGAGGAUGGUCGAAUUCUGUCGGAAAGCAAAGCAGGGAUCUUGAGUCAAUCGGUGCCGCAAUUCAAAUCCGCCGAGGUUGUCGAAGCUAAAAGGAAGGCGAUCACCGAUGACUCUCGUUUGGACGAAACAAUCGUGGAAGGUUUCCAGUAGGAAAAUAUGUGUAUCGAUCUACGACUAGAGAUCUGUACUUUAUGCCGGUGAUAAAAUAAGGUACCCAAUGUUCGCGUACC